GCCGGCCCGCGCAGGCGGGCCCCGCGGUCCGUCGCUGCGUGCCGGGGGCGGCCGGCACGACCCCCCCGGGGCCGGGGCCUGGGCCGCGGGCUGGCCCUGGGGGCUGGGCGGCGCAUCCCGGCUGGCUACGCUGUGGUGUUCGGAGCGGCCAGCCCGGCCCCGCCGAUGGGGCUCGGCCCGGGGGUCAGCAGCGCUGGGGAGCUCUGCCACUGACCAGCUGGGUGACAUCAGGCCAGUCACUUUGCUGUUCCGUGCCUCAGUUUCCCCACCUGCCCCAUGGCUCCCGCAAAGCCCGCUGUUUAAAGGGCUCCAAAGGGGCGGGUGGUCAGUACUGGUCUAAGGCAGCCCUCACCGUGCUGCGGAAGGGUGGGAGUUUGCCCGGUUCUGCUCCCAUCCAAGUCAAACUCCCACUGACUUGAAAAGCCUUGUGUCACUUCACAAGUGUAAAGAUGGUGGCCGCUUUUUCCAUAUUCCAUUUCCAGCUUGUUAUAUUUUGCCUAUGUAAAUCUAUCCUCCCCCUCUCCCCCCCCCCCCCCCCCCCGGCACUUUCAAUUGGAUAUGUGAAUUUUGCCUUUCUGUCCCCGUGUUGCUGUGAACAGUAGUUGCUGUGUUUCACCUCAGAGGUAGCUACACUGCUGUAUAAUGGGGUCUCUAAAAAUAUGGACCAGAUAUAUCAACCCCGCAUCUGGUGGUGGCCUUGCCUGCUCUAGGGAGAAAGGGAACCAGUCUGUCCUUCAGAGCUAUGUUAGCAUGCUGCAAGGACUACACACACCACUUACAAACCCCUGGAGCUUUCUCUCACAAGAAACAUGCCCAAAGCCCUUUCCCUGGAUAGGUAAAUAAACUGUAGGCCUAAGAAGAGCGAUUCAUGGAUUCUAAGGCAAACAGGAUCCAUUCUGACCCAAUCGAGGAAUAUCAGCCAAAUCACCCAUUCUGUUAAAGUUGUGGGCCAGCAGUGAAAGUGUCACUUCAAAAGGUAAACUUUGCAGCUGGUGCAGAACAUUCCCUUUUAAGUAGGGCACUUACUAUUGCCUGUACAUGUAAUAUGUGGUUUUUUAUGUAAAUGCCUCCUAUGCAACCUCCUGUUCUCUGCUCAAUAAUGUGCCUCGGCCCUCUCCAAGUCAGCCCAGUGUGUCCAGCCCACUCACAGUGCUGCAACUUUCUGAUGAAGUGGAUUCUAGCCCAUGAAAGCUUAUGCCCAAAUAAAUGUGUUAGUCUUUAAGGUGCCACAAGGACUCCUCAUUGUUUUUUCUAAGUAGAAUUACUUGAAAAAAACAAUUCUCUUUAAAGCAGUAGACAACCAGGCUACUCAGGUCCAAAGCCAUGCAUGCUUAUUGCCUAAAACGAAGAAGGGCAUGUUGUACCCAUUAAUAACUGCUGUUUAAAAUCCUCCUGAGAUAUUAUUGGAGUAAAAAGAGUAUCAUCAUCAUGAGACGACAUCAUUGUUUUUUUUCCACAAAUACAGAACUGAAAUGUUUAUUAAACCCUUCUGUCUUUUCUGCAUUAUUAUUGAUACUUCUACCAUUUACAUCUAUUAAUGGACCAAUACCAUUGUUCUUUUUGUUCCUGAUAUACUUUAAAAAUUCCUUCUUAUUGUCCUUAACUCUGCUGGCCAUAGAUUUCUCCUUGUGUCUCUUUGCUUCCCUUAGCAGUUUCCUACACUUUCUAGCUUCUGAUUUAUAUUCAAUACUAUCCAUUUCCCCCUUCUUCCAUUUGUUGGCUUUUUGUGCAUCCAGUAAAGUGUCUUAAACAAUUCCCAGUUGUUUUUCACGUUUUUCUGAUUAAAUUCUUCCUCCCAGCUGAUUUCUCAUUUGUUUGCAGAUUUGUGAAACUCAUCCUUUUAAAGCAUUAAGUAUAUAUAUUGCUGUUUUGAACUUUUUGCACAUUUAAAAUGUGAUCAGGUCGUGAUCACUUGCAUCUAAGCUACCAUUAACUUUUAGUUCCAGAUGAGAGGCUCUGAGUCAUCUUGCGGGAAAGUAAAGGCAGCCCAAGGCAGAAGGCGUUCUUCUGAGACAGAGCUGGCUGGCAGCUGGAACUAUGUUUUUGGGGCAGUGUGUAUGCAUUAAUAACGGUGGGGAAUGUGACUGCCAACUCAAGCUGCUGAGAUCCUGAGCUGACCUGCUUUUAAAUCUGCCUUCCAGGAAAUCUGCAGCUCAUUCCUCUUGUCCUUUGAGCCUGGUCUCCCUUCCUCUCACCCACAGCACUGAGAAUGGCUCCCUUUUCUGAGGUUUUGCUUCACCAAGGGCAGCCCAGACUUUACAGGCUUCUGUCCCUGUAAGAGAUGGGGCACUGUCUCCCCAUGUGCUACACCACACCUCUCCCACUGUCCCCUCCCCAACUCCACACUCAUUGGCAAUAAAGGUGCCACUGUUCCUUCAGGGGGCUGCCCUCUCUCCAUAGCCUGCUGCAGCCCAGCCCCAGCCCAGCAGGCCCAUCUCCCAGGCAGCCUCUUCUCUGGGUCUUGGUCCCGGCAGCCAUUUCUCCCCCCGGGUUCCUUCCUGCCCUCAUCCUCCCUCCCCCAUACUGCCUAUGCUCCUGCUAGGAUAUCUCACCACCAGUGCUGUCAACCUGAAGAGAGAAAAAAUCCUGAGAUGUUCUGGAUGACACUGUUGUGUUGUAGGGUUGGACUGCCCUGCCCACCCCUGAGGGCAGGGGACAAUCAGUGCUGCCAUGCUCCUAGCUGGAUUGGUUGAGGGGAUUUUGGCCCCUGCUGCGGGAGCUCUUGCUCCACAUCUGCCCAUCCCUGCCCAGCAAUUAAUUCUGCCCCAAUCUCUGCUCCCCUGGGCUCUUCAACCCCUCUCCCAGGCUUGGGGGGGCUGCAGAGGGUUCCCCUCUACCCUUUCCAGACUGGGGAGUGGAUCCAGGGGUUCAGCCCCACCCUCCACUCAGGCUGGGGAAGGGGGAGGACAUCCCAGUGGCUUUGGUUUGCUGAGGGGAGGGGGAGAGGGAGAGAUCGACUGCCCGACCCUUUGGGCAGAAUAACCAAUCAGAAGGCUCAAAUUGACCUGAGACCGUGGCACUAGCUGGCUCUGCUGUGCUAGGCCUCACCCAGCCAAGGCCAGGCAGUGAUUCGCUCCCCUGUGCCUGCGGGAUCCUAGAGAUGUCUGAUUGCUCCCUCCAAGAGCCCCCCGGCAGUAGCCCCUGGUCCCCAGAGCUGGGUGCCUGGCGUCCAUGCCAUCUCUCCAGGGUCGCCCCAGGAGAAGAAACCUGCGUAGUGAGUUUGUAGGUGUUAAAUGCAGGGCUCAGCUGCCUGGAGCAGGGAAGGAAGCUGGUUGCAGUGAGGCCUGGGCCCUGGGGGACUCUGGCACUGUCUUCCUGGCCUUUUGGCUGCAUUUUUGGGACUCAGCCUGGCCUCAGUACUCCAAUUUCAAGUAUGUUUUCAAGCUGCUGGCUCUGCUCCUCCUUCUCCAUCCCUGGCCCAGGCACCUGGGGCCAGGGACAGCACUGGGGGAAGAUGUUGCAUGGGGCUAUCUGUUGUUUCAGGUGCUGCUGGUUUCGCUGAGAUGCCUGUCAUUCUUGGAGGCUGAGUGGGCUGUUUGGCCAAAGGGCAGAGGCCCUCUCCAUCAUUCAGGAGAAUGACCAGACUCUGCUCUCUCAGGGUAGGGGAUUGAUUUUACUCAGACCUCUUCUCAGUGACAUGCAUGGGUCGACUCCAGCUCAUACAUCUUCCCUGGCUCCUUACGUUUUGUGGUGAUAUGUGCCCGUAAGAGCCCCUGGAGCCUGGGGGGGUCUGACGCUGUCCCAUCAGUGACAUUAAGCUUUGGGCUCACUCAAGGAUGGUAAAGCACCAGGAAAGGGUGUGGGGGCUGUAGAUGUGACCCCUGAACGGAAAUCCCUUGUGCUCACCUUAGAGCUUCCUGGGGAAAGGCCAGGUGUGUAUGUGUAUCGGUGUUUUCAUGCUCCCGUUAAUUCCCUUCUCCCACCCCUCGGACUCUAGGUCCCCUGUCCUGGGGAGGGCCUGAGCUCUGGGCAAGGUUAGAAAUGAGAAACUGACUAAUAGUGGUGUUCUGCUGCGUGUGGGGUCCCUGUGGGACUUAGUACAUCUCCCAGCAGAUGCCUUACUUUUCCUGACGUCUCCAAGCAUUUUCCCCUCCAUUCAGGCUACAUGUCUCCUCCAGCACAGGAUUUGGAGUUUGUAACCUGCUGCCCAUUUCCUUUCCCCUGAGCAGGAUUUGUGAUCUCCUGGAUGGAACGAGAGGAAGAGCUGCGGGUUCUGGAUCCCCAGGACUUGGAGAAAACAGAUAUCCCAAGGCUCACAGGUGUAAAAUGGAGAUAAUUCCUCCUACCUCAGAGCUAGUGCUGUACCACCAUUCAUGAAUUAAGGCAGUCCUUGAAAUCAAUGGACGUUUGGCGCCUAUCUACCCUUGAGGAUUGGGCCUAAGCUGCUGCCAUGAGAGCAACCUAGAGAAGCUUGUGAAGAAAUGAAUAAUUCUAUAUUUGGGCAGGGUUUGGACGGGGUCAUAUAGUACUGCAUAGGGCCACACACUGACUGAUGAAGGAAAGAAGAAAUACUGAAGUACCUGUUCUCUGAGCACCUUCUGUCCUACACACUGAAUGAGGCAGGGUCCUGUGGGAAAAAUGGCAUUGGGUCAUGUAAUUAAAGACUGUCUCCUAGUGCAUACGCCCCAGGGGGCGGGGUAAGGCUGCCAAGCAACCUUCAUUCUGCCAUUUCCUAACUUCUGUGGGGUUGACUCGGCAACCUUAAUGGUUUGUUAAUGUAGUUUAGACAUAUUUAUAACCCCUUUCCAGGUGCCCUGUCCCGUUAAUUAGAACACAUUUGCACGAUACAGUAGGAAGAGCAGCUCAUCAUUCCAGAGCUGACUGGGGACAAUAAAUAAAUCUCUCUCUCUCCCCAGAAGCCUGGAAUGUAGACAGGCAUUGCAGGCUCACAAAGCCAGGCUCUGGUGGGUCCCAAAGAGAGCAAGGUCCAGCACUGCUGGAGGCCAUCCCAGAGGUUCCGUCAGCCCUUCCUCCUCAUCCAUAUUGAGGGGCUCCACCUGCAGUGCCUGUGUGCGUGGCUCUCAGCUACGGCACUGUGGCUGCCUAGGGCUUUAGAGAGUAACGCCACCCCUCAGAUUCCAGCUGGAAGCCUGAUGGAGCAGAACUCGAGAGAUGGGCUAGUGCUUCUCAGGGGUGGAAGCUGCCAGGAGAGGCAAGGGGAGGGCCAGGAGAGACCAUCCCAAGGUGUGCUGUAAUAUCUGGGGCAUGUGUCUCAGCUGGAUGGGAAGCGGGUGUGUAAUUGGGCACAAGAAGGCAGCUUGCCUUGUGUGGUGUGGGCACUUCAUGGAGCAGAGGAGCAUGCACAGGAGGCAGGGAUAUCAGGACUGAGCAAAUGUUGUGGCAGACAUUCCCAGCCUGGAAUGAGCCUGUUCCAGAAGGAAGGUGAAAGGGGCUUGGUGUUGAAUGUCUCUUCAACCCAGAGCUCUCCCCAAGUCCUGAGUGGGCUCUGGGAGGACUCUCAUCCUUGCUCUGGGUGUUAAGACAUGAUGUUGGCCUGUGCGCUGUCUUGGGGUGCUGUACAAAUCAGCUGCUGAUGUUCAGUCUUCUACACUAGGAAGUUGCUGUGUGUUCACUUUAGGAGUGAAAACCCAUUUAGUGAAACUGGUGCAAACUCCUGUGUGUGGAUGCUCUGAUUUUGCUUUGAGUGCCUUAAAACCUAUGCCUAGUUGACUUAAGCUAGACUGAAAUAAGCGCAUUCACACAGCCUUUGGCACAGGUGUGACCGAAUAGAUUUUGGAUCACAUCUUAAGUUAAACAGGUGCCACUCUGUGUGUAGACAAGGCCUCAAACGGGCUGAACCCCCUUGCCUGUGUCUGCAUGCUGCCCCUCCCCCCCAAGGUUGCCUUGGCACAUGGGCUGAGUCAUGGCCAGAUUCUCUUUGUUCCAGCAGUAGAUGGAUUUUUGGGUGACAAUGUGGUGGAGACACCUGAUCCUGAGAAAACUGAUCUGCAUGGGACACUGCUAGGGGGAUCCAGCGGGGCCCUUUUCCAGAGUCCCAAGAGUGACUGCGAGGCGGGCUGGGAAUGGCAAGGCCCUACAAGCCAACACAUCCCCGGUGAAGGAGCUACAGGGAAUCCCCAUGAUGCUGCUGCCCAACCAAGAGCCUUCACAGGGGAUAAGCCCUAUAAAUGCAGUGAGUGUGGGAAGGGCUUCAGCCAGAGCUCUGACCUCAUCCGGCACCUGCGCACUCACACCGGCGAGCGCCCCUACAAGUGCCCGGACUGCGGCAGGGGCUUCAGUGACAGCUCCACACUGCUCAAGCACCAUCGCGUGCACACGGGCGAGCGCCCCUACAAGUGCACUGAGUGUGGCAAGGGCUUCAUCCUCAGCUCCUACCUCCUCCAGCACCAGCAGGUGCACAGCAGGGAGAAAGCCCACAAGUGUGCCAGCUGUGGGCGCUGCUUCGGCCAGAGCUCGGAGCUGGCGCAGCACCAGCGUGCCCACCUGGGCGAGCGCCCCUACAAGUGCAGCGAGUGUAGCAAGGGCUUCAGCCAGAGCUCUGACCUCAUCCGGCACCAGCGCACCCACACGGGCGAGCGCCCCUACCAGUGCCCGGACUGCGGCAAGGGUUUUAGCGACAGCUCCACCCUCAUCAAGCACCAGCGCACGCACACGGGCGAGCGCCCCUACAAGUGCACGGCCUGCGGCCGGGGCUUCAGCGAGAGCUCCACCCUCAUCAAGCACCAGCGCACGCACACGGGCGAGCGCCCCUACAUGUGCACCGAGUGCGGCAAGAGCUUCAGCCUCAGCUCCACGCUCUUCAAGCACCAGCGCACGCACACAGGCGAGCGGCCCUACCUGUGCACCGAGUGCGGCAAGGCCUUCAGCCUCAGCUCUAACCUCCUGCAGCACCAGCGCACGCAUGCGGGCGAGCGCCCCUUUGCCUGCGCCCAGUGCGGCAAGCGCUUCACGCAGAGCUCCAACCUGCUGCAGCACCAGCGCACCCACACCGGGGAGCGCCCCUACCAGUGCACCCAGUGCGGCCGCCACUUCAGCCUCAGCUCCAACCUCAUCCAGCACCAGCGCACCCACUUGGGCGAGCGCCCCUACGCCUGCACCCAGUGCGGCAAGCGCUUCGGCCUGAGCUCCAACCUGCUGCAGCACCAGCGCACCCACACUGGGGAGCGCCCCUUUGCCUGCGCCCAGUGUGGCAAGCGCUUCAGCGACAGCUCCACCCUGAGCAAGCACCACCGCACCCAUGUGGGGCAGUGCCUCUAUGCCAGUGCACAGUGCACCAAGGGUUUUGGGGACAGUGCCACGCUCCUGCAGCACCCGCACACCCACCGGCAUGAGCAGCCCUACCAGUGCACCCAAUGCAGCAAGGCCUUCAGCCAGAGCUCUGGCCUGGCCCAGCACCAGCAUGCCCACAAGGACUGGCCCCUCUGUGCCAUCGCGCCCUGCCCCUAACCUCAGCCAUCAGGUCCUGGGAAGUGCCAAGGGGCCCUGCCCCUAACCUUGGCCAUCAGGCCCCAGGGAGGGAAACAUCCACCCAAGGCCCUGCAGCCCUCUGGCAACACCAUAGCAGCAUGGGACAAAGGCAGACCUCAGGCAGCCAGCCUUGGGCUCCGUGUCCCAGUGACUGUCCCCAUGGGCUGUGCCCCCGUUGGCUGGCAUGCACUGAUCACCUGCAGGCUACCAGCGGUGCCCUCCCAGAAGCUGUGCAGGAGCAGAGGGAAGUUCAGGCUUCAGCCAUGCAGAGCUACGAACUCCUGCAGAGCUGGCUGUGAGAGAGGCCCGACACGCAGCAGCACAUCCUACCGCACGUUGCAAUUCGCCCCGGGGCACUGCCCCAACCAGACACGUCCCUCUAGGAAAUUGGGUAAGAACCUGUUCAAACGCUGUGGGUCUCAAAGGUCGACUCACGCACAAACAUCGGCAUUGGCUUAUGAGAGAAUGGACAGAGAUCAUCUAGUGGAAUGAAGCAGGCAGGGUGAGACUAAUUCCCACUUCCCAGCAAUAACGGGAUAAAACUAAGAAAAAGAAAAUCUAGGCCAAACACUGGGGGAAAACUUCUGCCAGUGAGAUCCGUUAGGCUGUGGGUCAUUUCCCCAGCUAGGGGGCUGGGGCCCCAUCUCUUGAGUUAUUUAAAACUGAACUGGAUAAAAAGAGCUUUCUUUAGAAGUCACACACACAAAAUUGUCUCUAAAUGCAGGGAAGGAAUUAGGCCAAUCCCACGCGGCACGACUCAGGAUGGCAGCUGCUGUCCAGCUCCAAUGUGAAACCCUUGUAGGGUGUCAGAAAGGUCAGCAGAGUCGGGAGAGACUAUCAUCCAGUGGCAUUUUUGGUAAGAAUUGGAAAGGAAAGGGCCUGCUCAUUCAUGUGCAGGCAGUGAGGUGACACAACUUGGGCUGGAGGUUUCUGACCUGGAAGUAAAAAUUUGUUCUCUUUAUUCUCAUUCUUUUUCUGUGUCCUUCCCAGAUAGUGUGUGGUUCUGUGUGAGAUGUUUCUGUGAGGUCUGCAUUAGAGCUGUUUAAUGUAUAUACAGUAAAGAGACUUGUUACAUUUUAAA